AAUUUGCUUUUAUUUCUGUACCAGCACUCUAUUUUUUUAGUUUAUCUGCAGUCUUCCUCAAGCUGUAUUCUUUUCCCUUUACGUUUCUAGUUAAGAGUUUUGGCUUUGCCUAUUUCUAUUCUACUCUCACUUGCCCUAGAAAAAAUUAUCUUGCUAGCAAAAGAGAAAAACAAGAACUUUACCAGGAAAAACAGAACCAAAAGAGGAGCAUUGUGAUGCAACGAGUGGUGUCAUUUAAUUUUUUGAUUUGAUUUGAAAUUUUGUUGUUGUUGGGAGGAUUUGUUUGGUGACCAUGGUCAUUGGUAUGUGCCGUUCCUUUCGCGAUCGAGCUCUCGACCGAUGCUAUCACUGCUUCCCUUGCCUCUCCGAUCCUGCACGGAGAUCAUCGUUGGUUUUGAAAGUGACAUUAGUGAUGCUGCAUCUGGUAUACGUUGGCAUUCUCUUCCUUUUCGAUAGUGAUUUGAUAGAUAAAACGAAAAAAGAACCCUGGUACACUGCUUUAUAUUUGUUGUUGUUUUUCGCCACAUUGGUGCAAUACUUCAUUACUUCUGGUUCUUCUCCUGGUUAUGUCCUUGAUGCAAUGAGGGCUGUUAAUGAGACAAAUGUGAUAUGUAAGAAGUCAUCAAUGGCCAAACAAAGACAGACUGCUUCAAGCAAAAAUGGAAGCUUGCCUGUAGAAGGGUGUCAAUCAGGAAGAAAUUUUCAAGGGACUAAUUCUACUUCUUGGACAAAGUUGGUGAUGGACAUGUAUCCCCCUGGAACCUCCAUUAGGUCUUGCAUUUGCCCCUAUUGUAAUGUUGAACAGCCUCCACGUGCAAAGCAUUGUUAUGAUUGUGAUAAAUGUGUUCUUCACUUUGAUCACCAUUGUGUAUGGCUCGGAACAUGCAUUGGCCAGGGUAAUCACUGUAAAUUUUGGUGGUACAUUUGUGAAGAGAGUGCGCUGUGCCUCUGGACUGGCAUCUUGUACAUUACUUACCUGAGGGCCAACAUAUCAAGGGCCUGGUGGAAUGAUGCUAUUGCGAUUUUACUAUUGAUCCCCUUGUCAAUUUUUAUUGUGUUUCUACUACUACUUCUAUUUUUUCAUAGCUAUCUUAUUCUGACAAAUCAGACAACUUAUGAACUCGUUAGACGCAGGCGAAUCCCAUAUCUAAGGGGGAUUCCUGAGCGAGUAUAUCCUUUUAGUAAAGGAGUUUGCCACAAUUUAUAUGACUUCUGUUGUGAUGGAAGCAACAUAUACAGUUUGGAACCUCUGCCCUCAGCUCAAGAGCUUGAAGAAAAGUCAAGGCCCUACACUUGCUUAGAUGUUUUAACAUGCCGUUGCUGCUGACAUUAUAGGGCAAUAUAUCAUUUACCAUAUCUAUGAACUGAUUCUUUACCCGCAAAAUUUUAAUGUGAGGUGGUGUUAUGUAUCAUUUAUUUAGAUAUGGUUGGCUUAAGGCAGAGUUGCUUGUCGGGUUUAGAUUUAUACUUCUGAUGUUUUAAACUGUGUUAGAUUUAUAUUCUAACUAUUAUUUGAUAAGGCUUGUUACCCA